AUGUCGGUGCCACCUUGGGAUCGUUGCGACCAUGUCGGUGCGCCUGCCUUUUACGUGGAGCGUGACGGUGGCGAGUUGGAAGUUGUGUUGGGUGGCGGAGAACGCUAUCAAAUCAAGUUCUUGUCGCUUUCGCGCCAGUGCAAGACGUACGCUCUACCAAUUGCCUUCGAAUGGUGGUACACCUGCAAGAUACUGCGAGGUGCUCUGUCCAAGGUGACUCGUAUCAGCGUCUUCUGGCCUUCAGAACCAAGCGAUCAUCUUUAUUCUCCUCGGCAAAUGAAUAUCAUGACAGAUGCUGAGGUUUUUACUCUCAUAAGACUGUUCCCGGGCCUGACACACCUGGAACUGGAUGGAUUUGAGGACCUUCCCAAAACCAUGCGAUUGAUCACUAGUAGAUUGUGCCAUAAAUUGGAGUGCCUGAGGUUGGUAGGUUCGGGCGGGCCUUUCAAGCUUCGGAGGAAACUGAUAGAGGCUCGCCCGCACCUUCGCGAACUGACUCUCCUCUGCCAAGUAACGCCGAACUUGCGCCAGCUUUUGCGAGCGGGCUGGUUGCCUGUCUUGGAUGCGAUCGGCAUGAAUCCAAAGCUGGCCAAGGUAGUGAUUGUCAAACAAAAGUGGGCGACGGAGAGGACUCUCAGGUUUGGCCCACGCAUAUGCGAUGCUUUGGACAAGCACUUGGGUGGAAUCAAGCUGAGCGACAUCAAUCCAGGUAACGACCAUUGGAUCUAUGCGCUGCUAUCGCUUCAGGACCGCUUUGACUGCUUCCAUUACUUUGCAAGUCAAAUCCUCCCAACUGUCUGCGUCAAUUUGGUAAACAAUGGAGUAAAAAGAUAG